AUGUUAGAAGAUCAGGCAUCUUUCCCCGCUGAUGGCAGGGACCUUGAAUACCGUGAAUUCCAGCUCAAUGAUAUCAAAGUUGAACAUCACCCAAACAGUGGGAUCUUGACCAAAGUUGAAGCUUUUGGCGAUUUCAAGUGCCAUCCAGCCCAUCAUUCCUUGUGGUCUGUUCCUGAACCCGACGCACAGCCUUGGCAACCCUUCAAGUCUCAUUUAGAGUUUGAUGUUGCUGAAAUUGCCCUCGAAGCAGCCAAUAUUUGCCACCGCUGUGCACGGCGGUCAGAGAAAUUCACCUUCCGUAACCACAAGGAUGUUCGCGCUAAGUGGGAUGCAGCAUCUCAGCGUCUAACAGGGUUUACAAAAGACGUUAUUUCAAUACCCUUCACUGAUAAAUCUUGGGACUUUGAUGUCUACUAUUGUGAUCUUUGGGAGUGGGCUACCAACCUCCUCCACGACCCUUAUCUGUUUCCUAAUUUUCAUUUUGAUGCUCAGCGCAUGUCAAAGUUCAAUGGCCAGUUGUUCAAACAAUUUGUAGACGAGCCCUUUACAGCUCAACACUUCUGGGAUGCUCAAUCACAGCUGCCAGGUGAAGCUAAGCCCCUCACCUUCAUUUUGUACGUGGACAAGACAAAACUAUCGAGUUUCGGUAGUGCGAAAGGCUACCCUGUUGUUGCACGAUUAGCAAACUUACCCACUAACAUUCACAACAGUCAGGGAAUGGGUGGCGGUUAUAUCGUUGGCUGGCUUCCUGUGGUGAAGGAAGACAAACAACACUCUGGCAAGCCAGCAUGGGCUAACUUCAAGGUUACCGUAUGGCAGAAGUCAUUUGAAAGGAUACUCUCUUUGCUAGCAGCAAAAUCAAAGAUGGGUCAAUGGUUGGAGUGUUUAGAUGUUAUUCAGCGCUGGUUUUUUCCAUUAGUACUAAUUCUCUCAUCUGAUUUUGAGGAACAAUUGACGAUGUCGCUUACUCGCGGUGUCAGGUCCCUGUGGCCUUGCCCAGUUUGUCUUGUUCUGCACGACAAACUUUCUGAUACAUUGUGUUGCUAUCCAUGUUGCACAUCUCAGAAGGAGACUGCAGAAGAAAGGGAGGAGGUACUAAAGGCAUAUGGACUUCAUGAUGUCCUGAAUUCAUUUUGGGCGCUGUCCUCCACAGAUGUGCAUCGUGCACUGUCUUGGGACAAGCUACACUUUCACUCGGGUGGUGAAUGGUCUGAUCACCUAUGGGUUGAGCUUCAGAAGCAUAUUAAUGAGGCGGUCUGUCCUCUCCGUUACCUGCUCCUCCGCUGUGUCUGUCUUUACUUAGAACUUGACAUGUAUGCCUCACUUGAGGUUCACACAAGCGAGACAAUUAGUAGUGGCCGACAUACACACUGCGCGUUUUCGGCCCUUUUGCAGCGAUAUAUCGACAAAACAGCGGACGAGAGCAACAAGAACUGGAAUUUCCCGAAGUUACACAUGGACGUUCAUAUUUUUGACGACCCAAAUGAGAAAAUGCAUGGCUCACUUAAGGAUUCGUAUUUGCUGUGCACUAACUUUUGUGAUGUAGCAGAACAGAUCCUCUGCAUCAAUACAUGGCAAGUAGUCGCUGAUUGUAUACACCGCCGGUUAUUCAAAUUUGACGAGCAUCAACAUCAAGUACACAAUUCAGAAGAAGACUUCCUUGUCAAUGUCAUUGAUUGCCCUAUCAUCUCAGCAACCAACGUCUUUCACGUGAAACUUGGAUCAAAGCAACAGUCGCAAACCUUUGAUGUGAUCGAGGUAGCUCAUCGGGACGACCAAGCCUUUGGUGAUUUCCACAUCAAGCUUAAUGACUUCCUUAAUACUCUUUUACCCUCGUUGAACGUACCACUACCCAGUGGCAAACAUAUUCAUCUCCGAGGAACUGAUGAGAUUACAGAGUACUGCUUCAUUCACAUCAACUACAAAUCAAUGGUUGAUUGGUGCCAGCAUACCAACUAUCUUCGUUGUAGUCCCCUUUUCUUUGGUUCCCCGCGCUUCGACUGUGUCUUCAUUCGGCUGACAGAAAACAAAGUCAUUCUUGGCCGGCUGAUCUUUUGUUUUGAAUGCCAAGUUGAGGACCGCAGGUUUCCCUUGGCUCUUAUUCAUCCCUUUGAUUCUCCCACUGGUUUGUGCCUUCGAAAGGACAAGGAUCUUAACUUUUUCAGAGUUCGAGUGGGGCCACGGGCGCAGGCCUGGUUUUUCCAUUAG